UCAGCCACCAGUCGAACACAGUUGAUCCCCCGAUGACGAGAACCCUCCUAAACAAACCGGGUAUCCACCACCUCCUGACCCGAUUCACCUCCUCCCGUCGCUCACUCCAAACCCUAGCCUACGAAGAAGUCCGAGCUACCACCACCACCCCCUACCACUCCACCGCUUUCAUACUCCACGGCCUCCUCGGCUCCUCCCGAAACUGGCGAUCCUUCUCUCGCUCCCUCCUCUCCAGUCUCUCCGAUCCUUCCGGGUGGAGAAUGGUGCUGGUGGAUUUAAGGAACCACGGCAAGUCGGCUGACGUCCGAGGUCUGGACCCGCCUCAUGACUUGGUCAAUGCAGCCCAAGACUUGGCUAAUUUGGUCGAGUCCGAGAAUUGGGGUUGGCCCGAUGUUGUGAUUGGCCACUCCAUGGGUGGCAAGGUGGCUCUACAGUAUGCUCAGAGCUGUGCUGCUGGCCACUAUGGUGAUUACGUCAAGCUGCCGAAACAGCUGUGGGUGUUGGAUUCUGUUCCAGGAGAAGUGAACAACAUACACAGUGAUGGGGAAGUUGAGAGAGUUUUGAAGACAUUGCAGGGCCUACCUACAGCAAUUCCAUCACGAAAGUGGCUUGUGAAUCAUAUGAUUGAACUUGGUUACUCAAAAUCAUUGUCAGAGUGGAUAGGCACCAACCUCAAGAAAGUUGGAGAUCAUGAGACUUGGGCAUUCAAUCUUGAUGGUGCUGUUGAGAUGUUCAAAUCAUACUGGGAGAAGUCUUACGUGCCUCUGUUAGAGCAUCCACCAAAAGAUAUGGACAUAGCUAUUGUGCGUGCUGAGAACAGUGACCGUUGGGACACAGAGGUGGUUCAGCAGCUUGAAAGCCUUGCUAGUCGGAAAAGAGGGGAGUCUGAGGGGAAGGUUUCACUUCAUGUUCUUCCCAAGUCAGGCCAUUGGGUUCACGUGGAUAAUCCAAAAGGUCUUCUUGAGAUUGUCGCACCCAAGAUUUCCUCCGUUUUGACAUAACCCUAUUUAGGUUUAUAACUUACCUGCCACAAAAGAUGUCUUUUGGAUUAGCAAUUUCUUUCUUAUCAUUUUUUUCUGGCACACAGCAACUUUAGGAUGAAUGAGGCUGUGCUAAUAAUAAUGAUACUGGAAUUCUAGCUUUGUAUGUAUAAUCUUGGCAAUUGCAACAUUCAUGCUUGUAGCCUUUCAAGUUUCAUAAUUUUGAAGCUAUUUUCAUGUUCGAUUUGUAAUCGAAACAGUUGAUCACUCCAAGAGGAGGAU